AUGAAUAAGAAGCACAAAUAGAUUGUUCUUAUAGGUUUUAUUGGUUGCGGAAAAACAACUUUAUUUAAUAAAAUUUGUAAUACAGAUUGUAAAGUUAAAUAAGGAGGUGAAUCUGUGACAAGGUGAUCAUUGAUUGAUUAUUAGAUAAGUCUUUCUAAAAGAGUCUUCUAAUGGAUAAGGAUUUCGAGUACUCGACACACCUGGAUUUGGUUCAAGUAAUAACAAAAUAGAGCAUGCUGUUGGAGUGUUAAAUGCAUUGACUGAAGGUCCUUUGAACUAAAUAUUUCUUGUUGUUAAGUGGGAAAGAUUAGGUCUGAUGAGAAAUUAUAUUAAAAAUAUGGUGUAGAUAUUUAUGAGAUAUAGGAACCUAGUCACUCUAGCAGUUACACAUAUGGAUACUGCAGAUAAAGAAACUUUAGAAAAAGAUAAAUUAGAAUUUGUUAAUGCAAUGAAGACAUUUGGUUUGAAUUCUUUUGUAUAUUUUUCAAAAAAUGAUACAAGUAAAUAAAUAUGUUAAGAUAUUGAUAAAAUUUUAAUAAAAACAGAAUUAUAAAAUGUAGAAUUAACAGAAACAGAAUUUUAUAGUCAUUUCGAUCUCAUAGAAUAUAUAAAUGACUUAGAAAUGGAUUUAGAAAUAGCCAAAGGAUAGAUAAUAACUAAUUUUAACAAAAUUUCUAAGGUUAUAAUUAAAUUUAUUGGAGAAUUUAAUAAAUAACAUGAGGAUAUGUCAAAUAUAAUGCAUUGUUUAGCAUUAGAAGUUAAGAAAAUAGCUGAAUAAUAAAUAUCUGAAUUUGAAGUAAAAAAUAACGAUAUUUUUUCUAAACUAUAUGAAUAAUGUUCAGAUCCAGUCACUGCAUAUUUAGUUGAUUUUGCAUUAAAAAAAGAACUAAUGGAAUAAGUAGAUCAUAUUGUCAAAUUAACUUAAUAAAAAAUAAGAUAAGAUGAAAAACAUUUCUUUAAUUUCAUUAAGGCCUGCCCAAAUUGUGGUGUAAUUUGGUUAAAAGUAGCAGGUUGUGAAGGAAAAACAAAUUGUGGAAAUUUCCCUGAAGAAGAUGAAUAUUUCUAAAAUUACAAAUACACAUAAAAAUAUGUAUUUGAAAUAUCAGAAAAAGGUGUUAAAUUUUAAGAAAGGACUAAUACUAAUCAGUAAAAUGCUAGUUAAACAAGUUAAAAGACAACAAAACUUUCAAAAGAUGGCAAAUAGGGUAUAAUAAGAAAAGGUUGUGGAGCUCCAUUAACUUGGAGUGAAAUUCCUCCUUUAAAUGAAUUUUAAAUUAAAGAAUUGAUUGAUCCAGGAAUAGUUGAUUAUCUUGCCUACGAAAUUCCAAAAGAGGAACUUAAAAAAAGAACAAAAGUGGCUAAAGAAUCAUUAAAGCAAAGAGUAGAAUAAGCAAAAGAUCAAUUAAAAGUAGUCAGAUUAUGA